UUUCCCUGCAGAGGGGGGAUGUGGUGAAUAAUGACUGGGUUGUUUAAGAAAGCAUGACUGAUUUGGGAUGAAGGUUCCUUCCACUCUGACAUUUUCAUAGUAUAAUUUAUCGCACACAGCAUAUAAAGCUGUGGUUACCAGGUCUUGUCGCCAGCCUUAAUCGUGGGGAUAGCCUGAAAAGACUACAUCACGGUCACUGCAGAUCUUGUGAACUCCGGAAACUUUGCUAUGUUCAGUAAUAUGUUACCCAAGGAUUUCCUCAAUUGGAGUCUCCUAACUUGGCUGCUGCUUCUUUGUUUUUGCCUGUGUGAAGAAGAAUACAUGGAGGUGAGCAGAAGAGCUAGUAACCCGGUGGCCAAAGUAUUGCAAAGUCGCCAUCAGAUUGGCCCCAAAGGUUCCAGCAGCAGGGAAUUAUUGAGACAGCGGAGUCGACUGGUUGAGUGGACGGUUGAGGAUGAUGAUGAUGGUAAUAGCCCUUCUCCUGACCCAAAUGCCUUGAAACCAGAGGUAGAUGAUGUAGCACAGACUACCUCAAACAGAGUCCAGACUACACAAAGUGGACCACAAAACCCACCUGAAUGUGGCUGCCGGGGAGAUUUUGGGUAUCGGGGUUAUCAAGGCCCCCCAGGCCCCCCAGGUACCCCCGGCCCUGCUGGAAUGCCAGGAAACCAUGGGAACAAUGGAAAUAAUGGAGCACCAGGCAUGGAAGGCACAAAAGGUGACAAAGGAGACAAGGGAGAUCUGGGACCCAGAGGAGAGCGGGGCAAUCAUGGACCCAAAGGAGAGAAGGGGUAUCCUGGCAUCCCACCAGAGCUUCAGGUUGCAUUCAUGGCUUCAAUGGCAACACAUUUCAGCAACCAGAACAGUGGAAUAAUCUUCAGUAGUGUGGAAACCAACGUGGGCAAUUUUUUUGAUGUAAUGACUGGUCGAUUUGGAGCCCCAGUGAAUGGGGUGUAUUUCUUCACUUUCAAUAUGAUGAAGCAUGAGGAUGUGGAGGAAGUGUACGUUUACUUAAUGCACAAUGGGAAUACAGUUUUCAGCUUAUACAGCUAUGAAUCGAAAGGAAAAACAGACUCAUCGAGCAACAGUGCGGUCCUUAAACUUGCCAAGGGAGAUGAAGUUUGGCUGCGGAUGGGCAACGGGGCCCUACAUGGGGAUCAUCAGCGCUUUUCCACCUUUGCAGGAUUUCUUCUUUUUGAAACCAAGUAGAUAAAACAUGUUAAGACAAAUAUUUCUAUAUUUUAUCUGUUCUUUGGGUCAACUUAGUAAUACACUAAAACUGCAGGGCCUUUUUACAAUCGGGUCUAUGGCGCAUGAUAAUAAAAGUUAAGCCUGGAUGAUGUAUA